CGUCUCGCGAGCUUCGCGGCGACGUUGGAUACGUCGCGUCGGGUAUCGCGCCACCCUCCGUCGUCCAAGGGUGGCCCCGCUGCGUCGUUCUCUCUCCUACGGGGUUCGCCCUCGGGGCUCGGAAUAAUCACGGCGUCGCGCCGCGUCGCGGCGCCACGACGCCGAAUGCACGCGCGCGGACGUCUCGUCGCCGGCCCUACGAGGCUCGACGCGCUCUCUCCGGAGACUCGCUUCCGGUAGACGCGCAUCGCAACACCGCCGAUUCAAACGUUCGGCUACGACGUCCUGGUGGAGAUGUGACGUGGUGCUGUAUCGUCCGAAGACGACGACGUCGGUGAAACGCGCCGCUCCGGGGAACCGCUCCGGUGAUUUACGGCUGGUUAAGAAUGUUCGCGAAGCCCGUGCAGCCCGUCGCCGUUGUCCGUGUUGUGUGAGCGAGCGAGACAGACAGACAGCCGGAGCCGUGGAUCGAGAUAUGUCAUAAUUAUUCCGCGGCGGAGGUCGAUCCUAUCGUACGCGCAAACCUACUGCUCGCGGAAAGGCGAAGCGAUAAGGGUGUAAAAAUAACAAAAAAGAGAGAAGGAAAUUUAAACAACACAUGUUUUCGCUGACGAGACCAUUUCCAUUUGUGUGAUUAACAAGAAACGCGUCGAAUCAACGUGUCGGUGAUAUCGGGGAUUGUUGAACAAAUUUUUCCCCGCUUCCUCCCCGACACACACACACAUACAUACAUGCACACGGGACGAAAAACAAAUUAAUCGGCUGAAGGAGGAUAGAGAACGUUGCGAUAAAGAAGAUUCGUACACGCCGUGGACUCCUGCAGUGCGCGGGUUGAUAUCAGAAAUUUGCGUGUUAAUAUCUCGCUCGACUUUCGGCCGUCGCCGUCUCGCUCACGAGACAGGGUGGAAUUGCGCGUUUCGCGAUUAGUGUGUGUGCGUUUUGCAGUGAUCGCCGGAGAAAUGUGCCGAGUUCAGUGCGUGAAGUUCUGUCGGUUUCGAUCCCAUUCAAUGGAGUUCCGUUCCCGAAUGGACAGUGCGAGCGACGUUCGGCGUCUGUGAUUCGAGUUCGUUCGAAAUUCAAUCAAUAAAUUAUUAGUCUAGAAUAAUAAAAAAAAAAUCGUUGAUUGUACAAAUUGGUCCACGAGCCGCGGAUUGGGUAAUGCAGGCAUUUCGCGAAUUGUAACUUGCAAAUGGUGUGUUCGAGUGGCGCGUUGAGAGCGCGAAAUGAUAACGAGCAAUUAUCCCGGUAAUUAAUUUGAGAUAACGGUCAGUGAUUCGAUGGAUUUUUUUUAACGAAUAAACGCAUGAGAAGAAGAUGCCAAGGAAGAUUUCGGGUUGAGAUCGCCAACGUUGCUCCUCGACUACCCGGCAGGUCUCAGAAAGGCAAAGAGGCUAAUCGAGGUCCAUGACCCGCACGAAUGAAGUGCCCACCACCAGGACGACGGAGGCACGGCGGGGUCGCAGUUAAUCGCGCGGACGUAAAUGAGGAACGAUCGUUGCGGAGCCGCGCGGAGGUGAUCCAUAGAUCGUGUCGGGCGUGAUCAGUUGCGGGUAGCACGGGCGAGGGGAGGGUGGCAAGAUGGAACUCUUCUUGAUACUCGUUUGCCUGAUCGCGCCGCCCGCCCUCUCGCUCUCCAUCAAGAGCAAGCUCAAUUCACGGAUCGUGCAGACGCGCUACGGCGAAGUGCAGGGCGUCACGAGGACCUUCGAGUACCCCAAGUUCCUCAAGCCGAUCGACGUGUACCUCGGUAUACCCUACGCCACACCACCGGUCGGCAGCAACCGCUUCUCCCCAACGAGAGCGCCGAGUCCUUGGGAGGGAGUCAGAUUAUUGGAUUCGGUGGGUCCAGUCUGUCCCCAAAAGCUGCCGGACAUCGCGAACGAACAGGAAGCGCUCGAGCGAAUGCCUAAGGGAAGGCUCGAGUAUCUGAAGAGACUGUUGCCACAUCUGCGUAACCAGAGCGAGGACUGCCUCUAUCUGAAUAUCUACGCACCUGCUAUGGGCACAGCGGAGGGCGGUAGAAAGCAUCCGGUGUUGCUGUACAUUCACGGUGAGAGCUACGACUGGGGCAGCGGAAACCCCUACGACGGCAGCGUCCUGGCUAGCUACACCGACCAAGUGAUCGUCACCAUGAACUACCGGCUGGGCGUGCUCGGUUUCCUGAACGCCAACGUGGCGCCGCAGACCAAGGCGAGAGUCGCGAAUUACGGGAUCAUGGAUCAAAUUGCCGCCUUGCAUUGGGUUCAGCAACAUAUCGCCCUGUUCGGCGGGGAUGCCGACAACGUCACCCUCAUGGGUCAGGGCACCGGAGCCGCUUGCGUACACUUUCUCGCCAUCAGUCCCACCGUUAUGCGAGGACUAUUCAAGCGAGCUAUACUACUAUCGGGAAGCGCCCUUUCAUCUUGGGCAGUAGUGGAAGAUCCAGUGUCCUACGCUCUGAAACUGGCCAAAGCUGUCAACUGCUCUAUUCCCGAUGACCUCCUCAAAGACAAUGAGCUGAUAGUCGAUUGUCUGAGAAAGAGCAGCCUAGAAGAGCUGAUGCAGGUCGACAUUCAACCGCCGACGUUUCUUAGUGCGUUCGGCCCAAGUGUCGAUGGUGUAGUUAUCAAGCCAGAUUUCCAAAAGGACCUACUAUCCUAUCUGGGUCCUGAAUUUCAAGGAUUCGGUCCCCUUCCGAAGAAAGCUGAGCACGGCGCACCUAUCACGAGCAACAACAAGUACGACUUGCUGUUUGGGGUGACAACGAGCGAAGCUCUGUGGAAGUUCGCGGAGAAGGAUGUCUUGCAAGGAUUCGAGGGGGAAAGGAGAGAUAGGAUCAUCCGCACAUACGUCAGAAACGCCUACGUCUAUCAUCUCACAGAAAUCUUUUAUACGGUGGUGAACGAGUACACCGAUUGGGAACGAACGGUACAACAUCCCGUCAACACAAAAGAGGCGUGCGUACAGGCGCUGAGCGACGCGCAAUUUGUAGCGCCGUUGGUACAAACCGGAGAUCUCUUCACCCUGAGGCACACCAAAAAGCCGAACAAUCCCCAUAUCGCACCGGUCCCUGACAGCGAGAAAGAGCCUAUGCCAAAAACUUACUUCUACGUGUUCGAUUAUCAGAUGAAGGACGGAGAUUACCCUCAGAAGAUGGGCUCCGUGCACGGAGAGGAGCUGCCAUUCGUCUUCGGGGCGCCACUGUGGGUCGAAGGCUUCGGUCAUUUUCCGAAAAAUUACACGAGAUUGGAAAUGGCACUUUCAGAGAGCAUCAUGCAGUACUUCGCAAACUUCGUGAAGACCGGAAAUCCAAACAUCAUCGAUCAUCAUGGUAGAAACGACACUGUCUUGCCGGCCAGCAGAGAGAAGAGUCGAUUUCGCAGCUUGUCGUGGGAGCAGUACGACCCAGUGCACCAAAAGUACUUGGAAAUUGGAAUGAAGCCGAAGAUGAAGAAUCAUUACAGGGCGCAUCAGCUAUCGGUCUGGCUGCGCCUCGUCCCAGAGCUUCAUCGUGCCGGAAUGGAGGAUGUUGAUUCCAGGCACAACCUGUUCCGCGGCCACAGUGACCCCGGUUUGUAUGACGGUUCUGUGAGGCCGGAUCCCCUCAGCAGGAUCAGCGAGGAGUUCAAGAGGAAGAACCUUAGCACGGAACCGCCGACCACGACCGAUUACAGCAUGACCACUUGUGUCAGCCUCAUCCAGAGCACCAAUCUUCAGAACGUUCAUAACGCCAGCACCGAUACUUUAGCCAGCCUGGACGCAGCUGGUUACGCGGCAUAUUCGACGGCUUUGAGCGUGACAAUCGCGAUCGGCUGCAGCCUGUUGAUCUUGAACGUCCUAAUUUUCGCCGGCGUCUAUUAUCAGAGGGAUAAAACGCGGCUCGAGGUGAAGAGUCUUCAGCAGCAGCAGUUGUUAAAUCAACAAUGCGGCCCUCGCGGCUUCACCGAGCUGAAACAACCACCACCACCGCAUUCCCAUUAUGCCGGUGGAGGCCAAGUGAUUGUCGACGUUGAGAAUGAAAUGUUAAGAAGGAAUGUAAUGAAAGGAGGUCCUAAUGAUCCGAACGCUCCUUUCCAAGGCCAAGGUACUCAUACGCUGCCUCACCAGCAUCAUUAUCAAAAGCAGCAUCAACAGCAACACGCCACUCUUCCUCGAGCCUCAGUCAUUCAAGACAUCAACACGCAAACUCAAGGUCCCCCGAACGGAUCAAUCCACCUGACGGUGCCACGAGCUCCUCCGCCACCUAGGGCGAAGAGCCCGCCGGAAAACCAACCCCUGCUGCAGAGCGCGACGGUGUCGAGUCGCGUGUCGCAGGCGACGAUGAAUGAGAUGCGAGUGUGAUGCUUGGACCCCCCUCCGAAGCCAGUCGUUCCGGAUGUCCUCACGGCGUCGACCUUGCUCUAGGCGGCUCGCCGCAGGCCUGCUGAAGCGAAUCCUCCAAGGGUCAUCGUUUGUUCAGCGGACCGACGCGGGAUAUCCCGAGGAACGCGAGCUCCGGACGAACGGAGGGGGGUGCUGGAGAAGGCCUCCUCAUCGCUGAGGAGUGACCGAAGAAUCGAAAUCACGUCUACCGAACACGAAAAAGAGAACAGGGAUUCAUCGAGUCGCGUCAUCGCGAGUUCAAAGCUGCGGGAAUCACACAGUGAAUCCAGUGAAACGCGACUCAAAGACAUGUGAUCUUUUUCCCUUUUUUUCCGCCUCGCGCGCGAUCUUUGUGAAUUCUUGUAUCUAGAUUUUUCACGACACGGAACGUAAAAUGCGCUUUUACACAGAGAUAAGAGAACAAAUGGAGUUUUAAGACUCGUCUCUCGUAAAAUCGCAAUACACUCUUGAUUUUUACGUGACCGGGGUGUUUGGUAAAAAAAAGCGCGGCUCUCAUUAUGAGUAACACUUGCGAAGGUCUUGAGGAAGAGAUCUUCAGUCACGAUAAUCAAUAAUCGAACCCGUGAUGCAUGAAAGAAUCAAAAGAAGACCGACGACGCCUUGCUCGAAUCGGUAGACAUCGACGAAUAUUUGCGGAGUCAAGUAUCAAGAAGAGAGAGAGAGAGAGAGAGAGAGAGAGAGAGAGAGAGAGACAGAGAGAGAGAGAGAAUGGCAAGUCAGGACGCCCGUCUUGAACUGAUCGAAAGCUUAAUCAAAUUCUGCGCGAAGGAAUCAAACGUGACACAUUCUGCAUAGUUAGUUGAUAAUAAAAAAAAAGAAAGAUAAGAAAACAAAAACUCUAGUCGUUAAAGGAGACGGGAUGAGUGGUGGUGGGCGGCUCAAUGCGAAUCAAUGGCGACGAAGACACAGUGUAAAAAUGAAAUACUAGCCACUACGAUGUUAGAUGUUCCUUGUACAUAACGUGAAUUUAUACCAUAAGGACGCCAAAGUUUGCUACUUUGUAAGAGAACGGUAUUUGCAUUAUCUUUCAUUCGUAUGUUUCUCGUAUGUUUCUCGGUUAAUAUAUCGACGUCCACGCAUGACGUCAUGUUGUACGAGUGUAAGGGAGAAAUUUCGGGAGCAUAUAAUGAGCGAGCUUAUUCAUCGACAACAAACAGACAUCGCGCUUCUCUGAGUUUUCGAAACUUUCGAGUCCUCGAAUUAUCGGUAUUUCGCAUUACUUCGUAAUGUUUGCCCACGAAGUUCUUCUCUCCUUUUCAUGUUCCUCUUUAGCUUAGAUUUCGUGGGAAAUAUUGAUUCUCGCACAGGGCGUUCGAGUUCCCUGCGCGUUCAUGAUCAUAACUAAACAUAAAUUGAAAUUAACUGACUGACGCGAAAGGAUUCCGUCGAUGAGAGCGAUGCCGCUCAUUACCGUUGCUCUAAUUAAUGCCGACUGCCAUUCGGGGUGGCUUUAUUGCGUGGAUGUGUGUACUGCACGUAUUGAGUUAUGAUAUAUGAUACGCACAUAAUAUGAUCUUUGUAUCCUCUUCAUGUACACGUAUUCCCUCAUGUGUGUUAUAUAUAUGAAGGAUGACCGAACAGUUUCUUAAAUGAUUUGCCGCGAACUUUCUGAUUUUCUCGACUGCUCCUUCUUUGUUUUUCUCGCAAUGUGAUCUCUUACUGUGCAAUGUAAACCGAGACCGCGUGCAGAAAACUACGUGAACGCUAUUCUUCUCUUUCCUAUCUUUCGCACUUCUUUUGAAUCCUUGAGACUUUACUAAGCGGUCAUCCUUAUUAUAUAGAGUGUUUCACACUCGGCAUACCAUUCGCGACAGUCCAACCCCUUUUAGAAUUGUCAUUCCCCUCGUAAGACACAAUCAAACGUCGUCUUGAUCAACUGGUGUCGAUUCUUCGAAGUUUGACUUCCAUUGGAUACACCGUGUACGUGAUUACAUUUUUUGUAUAAAUAUACAUAUAUAAAUACGUAUAAGUGUAAAAUAAAGACUAACGUAAAUCUGUUAUGCGUAAUACACUGCCACAAGACUAUAGAAAUUAACGAGAAGAUCUCACGAGACCUGCGAUUCUUUUCAUCUUUUACGAGAUAACUGCUUUGAGCGAUUUUGCAAAAUAAAUUCAUAUAUUUAUUUAAACGUAUUAAUUGCAUAAGUAUAUACAUAUGUGUAUGCACAUGUGUGCAUCGUUGCGAAGUGCGUUUUCACAGGCGCUGGUCGGACAAAAAUCAUCUCUUAACAUCCAUCGUUUUGCAAAUUUUCUUACAUAAAAUCAAUAACAAGUUUUUGAAGAUGAAAAGAAUUGGUAAGCUGACUGUCAUUAAAAUCCCUUUCGCGAGGAUCGAUUUAUCGAGAAUUCGACAGAGGAAAGUCAAAGUUUUUGUACAUAAGCGUCUUUGCUAAACGUGAUAUCAAAGAACUCGUUUUGCUUGCUUUCUGCGCAAAACGGCGGUCGCGGCCACGAAGUGACUUAGUUAGCUCCUGGUGUAUCCUUGGAUCCUUAGAUAAUCAAAGGAUCUUACCGUCCUAGAGGGAUCUUCUACUUUUUUAAUCGAACGGUUCCAAGCUCGUAGAACGGAUGAAUCUUCAAUUAGCUGGGGAAAGCUUCGCUCAGAACACACGAGUACGAAUCCUAAGAUACAAAGGACGGAUUCUAAAGAUGCAAAAAGGAAAAGAAAAUAGAUUGGAGCCGCGACGCCUUACGGAACAAUCGCGAUUCGUGUCCGAGAUUGGAAUUUUCAAAACAAAACGAAAAAUGCGGAAAAAAGGAACGACGCCAUCUCGCCGAACGUAAAUUUUAGCAGGAUUUGCAAGCGUAAACUAAAUAUCGUGGGCGUUGUACGAUAUCAUCAUCAAGUACGGGACAAUCCGAAUAUACUAAAGAUUAAGGAACAAAGCUCGUAAUAGUAAUAAGAGAAGGAAAAACGGGAAAAAGGAAGAACAGAGAAAGAGAGAAAAUAAGGAAAAAAAAUACUCCGGACAGUUAAGCAGAUGUUUAAAAAUUUAAAAAAUAAACAUAUAUUAUAUAUAUAUAUUAUAUAUAUAUAUAUAAAUUACGGAUCGUAAUAAAUUAUUAUGACGGAUAUUAUUAUAUUUAUGUGAGACCUUUAGCUGGCCUCGCGCUCUCCUAGAACGAUACCUCGAUUACACCUUCCGGCCGAGGGCGAGGCUACCUGUUACGUUUAACAUUUUGUUGUCAAAUUGUAAAUAUAUAACG